GUCGACAGAUGGCGCUGUGGAGACACGUGAGUUGUUUGAGUCAGCGGUGCUGUCCUAAAAGUAGUGUGUGUGUGUGUCUGCGUGUGUUUUUAAGUGUACUUAAUAUCUAACAUCUUUUGCUAAAUUUGUUGUACGCUAUUUUGAAUUCAUUUUCUGACCAUACCUUCUCAUGCUUGGGCAUAGCUAUCGUUUUAGAUCGUGAAUCUCAAUAUUCUACCCUCAGUCUUAAUUGACAGUAGUUGAUAUUCGUUAGGUCGGGGGGCGCGUUGAAUCCAAUGUAAACAAACCCCGGUUAGCGGUUGAUGAUUAGGGUUUUUCUUCCGAAAAACUCGCCUGGGAUCGCUGCAGCAGCUUUCACCAACUUGUAAAGUGCGUUGGAGUCAGCGGGAGAUGAUUUGGCCGUGUAUUCAGGCCUUGGACUAAAGUUGAUGUCGUUUAAUUGAGUCUGUCAGAGUGUCAGAUUCGUCUCGAGGCCUCAUAUCUGUGGAUGAGGAAGUGAACGGACCAAGCUCACCCAGGAGAAAGGAUCCCAUUUCAUGGGAGAAUCCUCUUUCCUUUACUCCUGGGUGAACCAGUGAUCUGUGAAAAUGGAUGAGCAGGAGGCCCUGAAUUCCAUCAUGGAAGACUUGGCGGUGCUGCAUCGAUCCAGUCGACCAUCUGGUCUGUCUGACCUGGGCAAACCCAAGGCCUCCUCUCCCAAGAACCAGAAUGAUGUAAGGGUGAAGUUUGAGUACAGAGGAGAGAAGAGGAUCCUGCAGUUCCCUCGACCCGUCAGUCUGGAAGAUCUGAGCACCAAAGCUAAAGUAGCGUUUGGGCAGAGCAUGGACCUGCAUUACACCAAUAAUGAGCUUGUGAUUCCGUUGAGUACUCAGGAUGAUCUGGAUAAAGCUGUGGAGCUGCUGGAUCGCUCGGUGCAUAUGAAGAGCCUAAAAAUCCUGCUGGUGCUCCCCUCCUGUACUCAAAACUCUGUCUCCAGUAAAGACCUGUUGCCAGCUUGUGAGAACCUGGACAACACAGACUUUAGUGUUGCAGAUAAAAAGAACAUGCUGGCACUCAUUGGAUCUCAGUCAACCGAUCGUAGCUCUCCUCCUCCAGGAUAUAUUCCUGAUGCUCUGCAGCAGGUGGCCAGAAACGGCUCUUUCACAAGCAUCAACAGUGAGGGCGAAUUCAUACCAGAGAGCAUGGACCAGAUGCUGGAUCCUUUGUCUAUGAGCAGUCCUGAGAAUUCAGCUUCAGGCAGCUGUCCUUCACUGGACAGUCCACUUGACAGUGAUGCCUAUCCCAAAUCCCGUAUGCCUCGAGCCCUGAGCUACCCUGAUAACCAUCAAGAGUUCCCUGAGUAUGAUAUACCAGUGUUUGAAAAAACAGGGAAGGGAGGAACCUAUCCUAGGCGAUAUCCCAUCUCGUUUGGUCUGCACGACUACAGCGAUGGACGAAAGACCUUUCCGAGGGCGCGGCGGACACAAGCUCAUGAUUUUCGUUCUCCGGUAAGUUUCAGCCCAACUGAGCAGAGGAGCCCCAGCACUAGCAGUGGAAGCAGCAUCUUCACUCCUGAGCUAGAGGAACUGGGGCGCAGACGCCGCGGCAGCGACAUAGAGCCCACCUCUAACCCCACUCUCUCAGUCAUGGACACCAGCCCUCCAAGCCGCUCCCCUCGGGCUCCUACAAACUGGCGUCUAGGGAAGCUUUUGGGGCAAGGAGCAUUUGGGCGAGUGUUUCUAUGCUACGAUGCAGACACUGGAAGAGAACUGGCUGUUAAACAGGUGCAGUUUGAUCCAGAUAGCCCAGAAACCAGCAAGGAGGUGAGUGCUCUGGAGUGUGAGAUUCAACUGCUGAAAAAUCUUUUCCAUGAGCGCAUUGUUCAGUACUACGGCUGCUUGCGGGACACGCAUGAAAGAACUCUUUCUAUCUUUAUGGAGUACAUGCCUGGGGGUUCCAUUAAAGACCAGCUGAAGUCUUACGGUGCUCUGACGGAGAAUGUCACGCGUAAAUAUACACGGCAGAUACUAGAAGGCGUGUGCUACCUUCACAGUAACAUGAUUGUCCACAGAGAUAUCAAAGGUGCCAAUAUCCUUCGGGACUCUGCAGGUAAUGUGAAGCUGGGUGACUUUGGAGCGAGUCGGCGGCUCCAGACCAUCUGCUUGUCCGGAACAGGCAUCAAGUCAGUGACAGGUACACCUUACUGGAUGAGCCCAGAGGUCAUCAGCGGAGAGGGCUACGGCAGGAAAGCUGAUAUCUGGAGCAUCGGCUGUACUGUUGUGGAGAUGCUGACUCAGCGGCCGCCCUGGGCGGAGUACGAAGCAAUGGCAGCCAUUUUUAAAAUCGCCACACAGCCCACUAACCCCACUCUGCCGCCUCACGUGUCGGACCACUGUCACGAUUUCCUUAAAAGGGUUUUUGUGGAGACAAAACAGCGUCCCGCUGCUGAGGACCUAUUACGGCACACUUUUGUCCACUAGCCACUCCCCCUUCCAUCUCUGACCACUCAGAGACUUCCAUAAGUGUGGGAGGACCACUCCCUUUUGAGCCUCCUCCCAGCAGGCCUACGAGCCCCUACCUGGACUGGAGUGCAUAGCGAAGAGGGCAGUGGCCUAAUCUCACUCCUCUGCUGGGGCCGGAGGGUAAUUUGGAGCAGCUUGAUUCCGUAUAAAAACAUUGCACCUUAAUUUCACUCGGGUAAGUACCCCUAAAGACUAACGGAAAUCGGUACCCCCCCAAAAAACUAGAGGAUAUUGUCUUUUAAGGGGUUUCUUUUAUUCAUUUUUUUAAUGCUUUGAUCUGGGAUAUCUGAUUGGGUUCUGGAUGCACUGGGUUAAUGCAGAAAGAUCUUGGAAUGUCAUCCCCAGAGCAAGGCAGGUACACCAAUACGCUGCUAAAGGAUAAAAGGAAACAGAAUAGAUGACAGGACGCAAAGGACUCUCCAGCCCGGCUGUCAUGGCUUCGAAAAGUUCUCAUUUUCUUGCACAGUCCUCUUAGAACACACACACACACACACACACGUACGUGAACUCUGAUCAAAAAUCUUACUGUAGAUACACUCACUAUGCUGUACAAACAGUUAUGUUUGCUGAACUCUCUCACCUUCUGAUUGCAACCGCACACUGGAGUGUAUUCGCUCUGUCUAGCUCUAGAAUUGGUCAGGAUCUUGUACCCGUUUCUGCUUAGUUUCUGUUUUUACUGUGUGCCUUUUUUACAACUUCCCCUUCCUCUUUUUAUUGUAUUCUGCUUUAAGAGUCCAGUCAUUUUUCUAGAAUUUUAUAAGUUUAAUGCACAGCUACUCACAAGUCGUUUUAACUUUGGUCUGUACUGGAAUUAUUUAGGACAGUUUGGCUCUUCGUACUGUUUCUAGGUCAGCAUGAGCAGCCUCUGCCUUUUCCCCCUUUGGUCCCUUUGCUGGUUCACCUGUGCAUUCUCUUAACACAGUGCCGUACACUUCAAUCUGAUCAGGUAGGCAGGUUGAAUACACCUUCACCAAAGCAAGAAGAAAAACACAGACCACACAGCCAGGGUUUAGUGCCUGGACAUUUUGCAGUAAGAAUUGAUCUGAUUCCUUGCUCUCCGUAUGAAAGUUGACACUGUAAGUGCACUUCUAAUCAAGACUACACAACCUGGAUCCUCUCUGCUGAUAUUUUCCAUACCAGACGUCUGAUGUUCCAGUUGUUCUCAUCAGAUGUUCUCAAUCUAAUGUACAUCCCUAGGUUUCAGAAUAUGUGGAAUUUCACAAAUUGUAACAAUACUCAGCACUUGAUAGUACUUAACGGUUUGCCUAUAAAUGAACCUCGCUAUCCCACGAUGCCUUGGGACAGGACAUUUCACCCGUUCACACUCUGUCAGCACUUGGUUACACACUCCCUGCUAGUGAGCACUCCCGGAUAAUUGCUGUUCAAUUCUCAUUCAGAGAUAUUUCCUCCACGUUGUUCUGCGGUGCCUGUUUUCAGAUGGCGUGCUUGCGUACCUUUUGGGGUUACCCUUUCUCCUCCCUUAUUCCAGUGGGUUUGUUUUCUUUUAUUCUUUGUGUCACAAUCUGCCAUUCUUAAUUAGAAAGCUAUUUAUUAUUCCCUCUCAUAGACAUGAGAGUAUAGUACUAUUGAAUUUACAUACGCAUAUUUUAAUUUAAUAAUCAUAGAAUGUAAACACACUUCAAAUUUAAGCAGUGAUUUCAUAUUGCUUACUUGUAGUGACCUGAGAAUAAGAAUGAGCUUCAUAUUUAAUGUCCGUUCACACGGGACACAUUCUUAUGUUCUGUUUGCGCAAUCUGUAAAUAAUUGGUUUAUUUAACACGUGGGUCAAUAACAUAUAUUAAUUAAAAUUAUUUUACUAAGCAGCCUUCAAAUAUUAUUAUUUUAUUUUUUAAGAAGAACUUAAGUAAAAUAAAUAUUUUUACAAAAUUUCUUCACUGUUGUUUGCUAAAUCAAAGCUGUGCUAAAAGCAACAUGCUGAAAUAUGGAAGAAAAAAACACUUAAAUCAGGAAAUUAUAUUAUAUACAUACUCUUAAAAUAUUUAUGACCAUCUAUUUUUAUGACCGGCUAAUUUAGUGUUCAAAAAACUUGAUGUAAAUGAGUAAAAAUGUCAUUUAAAAAUAAUAAAUUUAAUAAAAUCUUUUUUUUUUACUUGAAAAUUGAGAUUUUUUAAAAUUAAAUAUAUAUAGUUAAUAUAUAUAAUAUAAUGAUUAAAAUAUACACUACUCAUGUACUCAAGGAAUGUUAUUGGUUACACCUUUUUUUUCUUUAAAGAAAUGAAACUAACUCAUGAAACCAACAUGAAUGCAUUUUGAAGAAUCAUGAAUGCUAUUAUUUGCCAUUGACCCAUGUGCUCUCCUCUCAUUGUUCGAUUAAAACAACGAACACAUCUAUAACCAUUCUUUUCAAAUGUGAUCUUUCUAGCGUUUCAGUGUAAGAACACGUCCUGUGUGAACGCUGUAUCUGUAGAUUGUGACAAUGUGAAAGAACCAGCUUUUUGCUGUAAGUAAGGGUAACUAUAGCAAUGAGUCUGCAUGUGGUACUCGUUUUUCACACUCCAGGCAAACGUUUCCAGUUUUCUGUUAGUGACAAAGUAAGUCUACCUCCACUGUGUAGUUACUUGGGAAUGAUUUCAUGCGGCUGUUCCGGAUCAUGAUAUCUGGGAGUGGAGGACAUAGAAGACCCGCUCACACAAUAGAUCUACUUUAUUAGUAGUUCUCUAUCCGAGGCCCUUCAGUCAUUUAAACACAGGCAGGCAAACUUUGCUUGCUCUUGCACCUUGCAGCUUUUUUAAUGUGUUUUUAAGAUGCCAUGUGAUUUGGUCCAGCUGUUGCCAAACUGGGUUUCUGUGGCAGUAUUUGAAGGAAUUUCUCCGCACCCAGUAUAAGGGGCUAACUUUCCUGGUCUGUAGAGGUUUAAAGUGCCAGUUCAUAGAACUAAAGCCACAUUAAUUUCAUUUUAAGCAUUACUCGUUCAGAUGGUGUAUAGACAUACUACACAAAAAGUAGGCAGUGUAUGUUUGUAAUGUAUGUACUGUUCAAAUGUUCUUUUGAUGCUGAAAUGUUUGCACAUUUUGAGACCAUGAUUUUUACACUGAUUUUAAUACGUUUGCCAGUGUUCGUCGGUCAUUCUGUAGCGACGUGUGAGCUUGUGUGAAUGCUUGUUUUCUGUUCAUGCGGAUAUGAGAUCAAACGCUUGCCCUGGUUACCAGCUUUGUUGGUUCGGUUGGUCACAUGGUCACUCACUGACGUAAAGUCUUCUUAUGUUUGAGGUAAACAUUGCCUCUGUUAUGCUGCAACUUGUUCCUCAAACAAACACACUUGCGAAAUUAACAGACGAACGAUGUUGGUUUUUGUAAGUUCAGAAUUAGAAAAUAAGGAGCUGAACGUCUAAAUGCUGACUGGUGCCAAAGAAACUGACUUGGACCAACAUGACUGGUAUCCUGGCCUGGUUUGUUGUAAAGCAAAUUGAGAAUCUUCCUACUGGAAUAUAAUGCCAGAUUUUAGUUUUCACCACUAGGUGGCAUCAUUCAACUAUUUGCGUGUACAUACAUUUUACUUUGAAAUCUCUCUCUGGUUUCCCAAUAGAGUCCCAUAGCUGCAGAAUGCAUUGUUUAUUUCCGAAAGUAAUUACAGGAAGUUCUCCCUUAAUUCAGACGGGCUGGAUUCAGCGAAACCCGCCACUGCUGCCACUCCAGGGUCAUGAAUGCACUUUGUAUUUGUUUGUGUGAGUGUGUUAUUGUCUGAGUGUGUUUGUCUGUUUCAUUGAGACGUCUUUUCUGUGUUCUGGUUGAGUGAGAUUAUUAGCAGCGCACUUAAUGCCUUGUGCCCUGUACAACUGAUGACAGAAAAGUAAAAACCGAGACGAAAACAAAAGAAGAUUAGAACUCUGAAAUGAAAAGUAUGGUUUUUGUUUUUAGACAGUAUCUGGUACAGAACUUAUAUCUAUAUCUGUUUGUCCUCUUUGUCUAUGUAUGAGAAAAGCCAUGUUUGUAAUUCAAUUUGGUUUGUGACCAAUAAGCCUGUUUAUAUCAAAUCUGUAUAUCAGUGGUACGCAUAUUUUUUUUAAAUAUAUAUCUAUAUAUUUUUAUUUCUCUCUUUUUUUUUUUUUUUACUCAAAAUUUUAAGCAUGAUUGGUAUCAUAAAGGCCCACCAGGUCUCUGUGGUCUGCUGAUGGCAGGACUGAUCAGCCUUUUUUGCAGGAUGACAUCAUGAGAUUGUCUAUGACAGCUGGCACUUUGUAAAGUGUUGCUAAUGAUGAUGAAAAUAAAUAAUAAAAGAUAUUUAUUUCA